CCUCCUUCAACCAUAUUAGAUUUUCCUUCUAUUUCCCACAUUUUCCUCUCAUAUUUUCUCUGAAAAUUAUUGUAUCUUCUUCCAUCGUUCUCUGCCUUGCUGAUUUUAAUUUAUGAGGAACGAACAGGGCGGUACCAUGGUUGUAGAGCGGACUAGUUCUGCAUUCCACCGACCUAAAUUCGGAACCCUUUUGCAUUCCGAUCAGGGUAUCUUUUCCAUCAACAGUCACGACGAAGAUAGCAAAAUCAGCAGCAACAACACCAAUAAUAUUAAUAAUAACAACAACAACAACAACAACAGCUGCAGCGACUUCUCGAUUCGCUACAACAACAACAACAACAACAAUAGCUGCAGCGACUUCUCGCUCCGCUACAGCAACGCCUCCAUGGCCAGCCCUGGAUACUACGACAGCGCACGUGGCAGCGCCGAUACCUCGCCAAUGAUGUCGCCAUGGAACCACAGCUCCCCAUACAACAGAUCUCCGUGGAUAGUACCACCCUCGCCUUUGUUGAAUCCGUAUGACGAGAACUUCCCUCAUAACGGUCUCGUAGGCUCUCUCGUUCGCGAGCAGGGUCAUAUAUAUUCGUUGGCAGUUUCUGGUGAUUUGUUGUACACUGGAUCUGAUAGCAAGAACAUUAGAGUUUGGAAGAAUUUGAAGGAAUUCACAGGUUUCAAAUCCCACAGUGGGUUAGUGAAAGCCAUAGUUGUAUUCGGAGACAGAAUCUUUACGGGUCACCAAGAUGGUAAAAUCAGAGUGUGGAAGAUUUCUCCUAAAAACCCUAGCAGCCAUAAACGCGUGGGAAGCUUGCCAACCUUCAAAGACUAUCUGAAAAGCUCCAUGAACCCAAAGAGCUACGUGGAGGUCCGGAGAAACCGCAACGCCGUGCGCAUCAAACACUUCGAUGCCGUCUCAUGCAUGAGCUUGAACAUAGAACAAGGCCUUCUCUACUCCGGUUCAUGGGACAAAACCUUGAAAGUGUGGAGGAUCGCCACCUCCAAAUGCUUAGAAUCAAUCACGGCCCACGACGACGCGGUGAACUCGAUCGUAUCGGGGUUCGACUCGUUUGUGUUCACCGGCUCGGCAGACGGAACGGUGAAAGUGUGGAGGAGAGAGCUCCAAGGCAAAGGAACGAAGCAUUUCCUGGUGCAGAUAUUGCUGAAGCAAGAGAACGCCGUCACUGCAUUGGCUGUGAACCCAGAAUCAGCCGUCUUGUAUUGCGGAUCGUCGGACGGGCUUGUGAAUUUCUGGGAACGAGAGAAGCAUUUGUCACACGGCGGCGUUUUGAGGGGUCACAAGCUGGCCGUGCUCUGCUUAGCGGAGGCUGGGAAUUUGCUGUUCAGCGGCUCAGCCGAUAAGAACAUCUGCGUGUGGAGGAGAAUGGAGAGCGGUGUUCACACGUGCCUCGCUGUGCUUACGGGACAUACUGGGCCGGUCAAAUGUUUGACCGUCGAGGAGGAAGAUCAGGAUUCUUCCGGUAAGGGAGAUCAACGGUGGAGAGUUUACAGCGGGAGUCUGGAUAAAUCCGUCAAGGUGUGGCGCGUGUCGGAGAGCGUGCCCGAUUUGACCGAGUCGAGAACGUUGGAUAACUCGAGUAGCGGAUAUGCGUCGCCGAUGCGGUUGAGCUUCGGUUCUUCCGCCGGUGGAAUGAGCCAAAGCGGGUGGAGGCACCGUCAGAAUUAAAAGAAGUUUGGUGAAAAAUGGUGAAAAGAAAAAGAAAAAAAAAAAAAAAAAAGGAAAAUGGUGAAUUGUGAAAUUGUGAAUAUAUUUGUUUGUUUUUUUCAAAGCGAGUUAGGAAGGGAGGUGCAGAGCACGCGAAGUGGUUGUGGUGUGGUCCGUAUACGAUAUUGGAAAAGUAACCGUCGGAUGAAUGGCACCGCCUUGGCUUGGCUUGUUGUGGUUUUCGUGGACCACGUCACAAUUUAUUUUUUUUUUUUUCUCCCUUCGUACAUAAGCAUCACAGAAAAAAAAAAAAAAUUGUACAUAUAGCAAAUGGGAGAGUGCCACGUUAGGAUUAGAAAAAAAAAAAAAUUGGAAUGUGAGCCUGAAAAUCAACACUUCAAUGGUUGAUUAAGUGCGAAUAUACAAUUUUGCCUCUAAGAGUUGAUGUACAAAAAAUAAAAAAAUAAAAAAAAAUAAAAAAAUAAAUCCAAGGAUUCCCAUUCAGUGGAGUUGAAAAGAAAU